UAUAAUAAAGUCUCCUCUUACCCGGUGAUGUGAGGGUCGGCUGAUCCUCCAUCAUGACGUCCUUGUAGAGAUCCUUGUGUCCUUCUAAAUACUCCCACUCCUCCAUGGAGAAAUAGACAGUGACAUCCUGACACCUUAUAGGAACCUGACACACACAAUGAUACAGUCACCAUCCAGACACAUCCCUUGUCUGUUACUGGAGAAUGUCCCAGAAUUCCCGGCAUCGCUCACCUCUCCUAAUCCCCCUCACCUCUCCAGUCAGCAGGUAGAUGAUCUCCAGGGUGAGAUUUAAAAUUUUCUCAGUCAUGUGACUCCAGUCUUCGUCCAU